AUGUACACACCCUAUUCUGGCAUCUGUCAGCCUCCCAGUGACUUCUCCGAAGCAGCUGCCAACCAGCGUGAGGGCUGUCAGAAUGAGUGCACGGCUGGAGGAUGUUUGGGAGAAACAGCAAAGCAUGUGACUGAAUCUUUCAAGGCUUCAGACUUGAUUAUCACCCCAGCUACGACUUUCAAGGAAAAACCAGACCCCAGUGGUCUGGUAUUUGGAACUGUAUUCACUGAUAAUAUGCUGACAAUUGAAUGGUCCUCAGCUUCAGGAUGGGAGAAGCCUUAUAUUAAGCCGCUUGAGAACCUGUCGUUGCAUCCAGCCUCCUCGUCUCUGCAUUAUGCUAUAGAAUUAUUUGAAGGAAUGAAGGCUUACCGAGGAGUGGAUGGCAAAAUCCGCCUGUUCCGGCCAGCCCUCAACAUGGACAGGAUGGCGCGGUCAGCAAGACGAGCAGCUCUGCCAUGUUUUGACCAGAAUGAGCUGUUAGAGUGCAUCCGGAAGCUCGUGGAAGUAGAAAAGGAGUGGGUCCCGCACUCCACCGCUGCCAGCCUGUAUAUCCGUCCUACCUUAAUUGGAACUGAGCCUUCCCUUGGAGUGAAGAAGCCGACUAAAGCCCUACUGUAUGUCAUACUGAGCCCUGUGGGCCCUUACUUUGCAAGUGGAAGCUUUAAUCCAAUAUCCUUAUGGGCAGAUCCAAAAUAUGUGAGAGCCUGGAAAGGAGGAACAGGGGACUGCAAACUGGGAGGGAAUUAUGGUUCUUCUAUUUAUGCCCAGCAAGAAGCCCUGGAGUUAGGCUGCCAGCAGGUUUUGUGGCUCUAUGGAGAAGAUCACCAAAUAACUGAAGUCGGAACAAUGAAUCUGUUUCUCUAUUGGAUAAAUGAAGAUGGAGAAAAUGAACUGGCAACCCCACCUUUAGAUGGCAUCAUCCUUCCAGGAGUGACAAGACAAAGCAUUCUGGAUCUGGCACGCAACUGGGGAGAAUUCAAAGUGUCUGAGCGAUACAUCACCAUGAGUGACCUGACAGCUGCCUUGGAAGACAACAGAGUAAAUGAGAUGUUUGGUGCUGGCACAGCUUGUGUUGUGUGUCCUAUCUCUAAAAUUUUAUAUAAGGGCGAGCAUCUGCACAUUCCAACCAUGGAGAAUGGACCUCAGUUAACAACCCGUUUCCUGAAUAAGCUGAGUGAUAUCCAGUAUGGAAGAGAAGACAGCGAUUGGGCAGUGCUGGUGUCGUGAAGAUGGAAGAGUUCAGACCCUCCACACAGAACAGACAUGAAUAAUGACAACUUCUGUAGCUGCCUGUGCGUAGCGUAGUUUCUGUACCAGUUUGCUCCCCGGUCUGAUUGUUUCCACAAUCUGGCAAAUGUGAACACAAUCAUUUUCAUUUCUACUGUAAUCCUGUUAGUAGGAGCCUAUCUUCUUGCUAGAGGUGCUAAAUGUUAGCAAUAGAACUUUCCUAAUAGUUUUCUUAGUACCUCCUUCUGUCUUAUUUACAGUCUGAAAACCUGUAAAAUGCUCUUCAACUGCU